AAAAAAGGCUUCAUUCCACUGGCUAGAAGUCAUGGUAGAAUUUGGAUAAUGUGUUAUUCAAGCUUAGCUUGUUGUAUUGUGCAGGAUGCUCAGACCGGGACCAUCAUUGGACGUGGUACUGAACGAGGAGGUUUAUACUAUGUGGAUGAGAUGGUGCAACAAAGUCAAGCUAUGCUUGCUCGCGGAUCAUCCGAUCAUCACCUUUGGCUUUGGCUUUGGCAUUGAUGUUUGGGUCAUCCCUCUUUAUCUUAUUUGAAACAUUUAUUCCCUUCCUUCAGAAACACUGUUAUGUCUUUAGAUUGUGCAUCUUGUGUUUUGGCAAAAAGCCAGAAACAUUCUUAUUUGCCUAGUAGCUCUCGUGCUACUCAUCCUUUUGCUCUAAUACAUUCAGAUGUUUGGGGUCCUGCCCCUGUUUUUGCCACUCAUAACUACUCAUUAUGUUUUGUUUGUGGAUGAUGGUACUCGUAUGAGUUGGGUGUAUUUUUUGAAACAUAAAUCUGAAGUUUUCUCUGUGUUUGUCACCUUUUAUAAUAUGUUGUGCACUCAAUUUCAUGCUAAACCACAAAUAUUGCACUCUAACAAUGGGGGGGGGGGGGGGAGUAUAUCAAUUUAGCCAUGAAACAAUUCCUCUCUGACCAUGGGAUGCUUCAUCAAACUUCAUGCCCUGGCACCCCACAACAAAAUGGGAUAGCAAAACGCAAGAACCGUACUUUACUAGAGAUCACUCGAGCCCUUCUCAUCGAGUCUCAUUCCCCACCUUCCUAUUGGCCUGAGGCCAUUGCUAUUGCUACGUACCUUACCAACCGCCUCCCAUCCCGCCCUCUCAACUACAAGACUCCACUUGCCACCUUGGGUUCCUUUGUCUCCCUUCCACCUGCUCACUCCUUACCCCCUCGCAUCUUUGGCUGUGUUGUCUUUGUACAUCUUUCCAAACACACUAGGACCAAACUUGAAGCACGAGCAAUUAAGUUUAUCUUUCUUGGUUAUAGGGUGAAUCAGAAAGGGUAUCGGUGUUUUGAUCCUAUACAUAACAGGAUGUACACUACUAUGGAUUGUGAUUUCUUUGAGCAUUCCUACUACUACACCCAGCCUGGUCCUCAGGGGGAGAUGACUAUGACUAGUGAUGACCUAAGCUGGGUUGUUUAUCCUGUUAUGCCUGAUCAAGUUGUGAGUGACUCUACGGAUCCAAAAGAGCAGGUAGGUGAGGCUACCGACACUGUUUCUGAUAUCAUAGUAUCUCCUCUUUAACCCACUCCUGUCCUAUCUGAUGAGCAUCCUGAUCCAGAGGAGGUAAAUUCUGAAGUUCCCCAAACUGUCUCUAAUAACCAUGAUAGUGUUGUCAAUGUCAAUGUCAAUGUCCCAGACAGAUAUGAGUUACCUCCUAGGAGCAUAAGAGGAAUCCCUCCAAGGAGAUAUGAUCCAGAAUAUGAAACGCAAAGGUCGAGAUACCCAGUGAAUAAAGAAAGUAAUGAGAAUCUCUCACAGACAGUUGUUGCCUUCAAUACUUCUCUCCAUUCCAAUGAUGUGCCUCGUACGGUUGAAGAAGCUCUUCGGGAUCCAAACUGGAAAAAGGCAAUGGAAGAAGAAAUCUCAGCUCUUGACAAAAAUGAAACAUGGGAGAGAUGUGAGAUACCAAAGGGAAAGAAGAUAGUUGGAUGCAAAUAGGUAUAUACCAUCAAAUAUCUGGCGGAUGGCACUAUUCAUCGGUACAAAGCCAGAUUAGUAGCACAAGGGUACAUUCAGAUUUAUGGGGUGGAUUACUCUGAGACUUUCUCCGCGGUGGAAAAAAUUGAUACAAUCCGAGUUCUGUUCUUUAUUGCGGCAAACAAAGACUGGCCUCUACACCAGUUUGAUGUGAAGAAUGCCAUUCUACACGGGAAAAUUGAAGAAGAAGUGUACAUAAAGGCUCCUCCGAGUUUCUCACCUGACUAUAAUAUAGGAGAAGACUGCAAGUUGAAUAAAGCUCUUCAUGGCCUAAAACAGUCUCCUAGAGCCUGGUUUGGGAGAUUUACCGCAGCAAUGACAAAGUUUGGCUACAAAUAAAGCAACUCUGAUCACACUUUAUUCCUCAAGAGACAAAAUGAUCGUAUUACUUGUCUGAUCAUCUACGUGGAUGAUAUGAUUAUUACAGGGGGUGAUAAGGAAGAGAUCUGUACUCUAAAGGAACAACUGUCUCGCGAAUUCAAAAUGAAAGACUUGGGACGACUUAAGUAUUUCCUUGGAAUUGAAGCACUGAGGUCGAAAGGAGGUUUUUUCAUCGGUCGACUGUAAACCUGCAGAGACACCCAUUGUUGCGAACCAUGGUCUCCAGAUGAUUGAAGGAGAAAAAUUAGUUGACAGGGGACAAUAUCAGAGAAUGGUUGGCAGGCUCAUAUACCUCUCUCACACACGCCCUGAUAUUGUAUAUGCAGUUGGAGUAGUGAGUAGGUUUAUGCAUCAACCACAAAUACAUCAUAUGAUAGCUGUGAUGAGGAUUCUGAGGUAUCUGAAAGAUACAAGCAGCAACGGGAUUCUAUUUAAGAAAAAUAAUCACUAGAUCUCCUCGCCUACACAGAUGCAGACUGGGCAGGAGAUAGAGAUGACAGGAGAUCCACUUCAGGUUACUUUACCCUAGUUGGGGGAAAUUUAGUUACAUGGAAAAGUAAGAAGCAGAAAAUGGUGGCCUUAUCAAGUGCACAAGCAGAAUUUAGGGGUAUUGCCAAAGGAAUCACAUAAAUUAUAUGGUUAAGGAAGCUCCUGAGUGAACUACACUUUCCACAGACAAAGACAUGCAACUUGUUCAGUGAUAAUAAAGCCGUAAUCAGCAUAUCAGAGAAUUCGAUUCAACAUGAUCGAACCAAGCAUGUAGAGAUCGAUAGGCAUUUCAUAAAGGAGAAACUCGAGAAGCAAAUGAUCAACUAGCAGACAUCCUUACAAAGUAAAUGGUAGCUGUUGAAGUGUAGAUGAUCAAGUUGGGGGCAGAGGAAUUUUCAAAGCAUGUAUUUCUGAUUCUAGAUGAUCUAUGUCAACUACUUCUCUUGACUGUGUGAACUGUGGAUGUAUGAAAAUGUAUACUAUAUUACUAUACAAACGUUCAAGUGGGUGUUGCAAAAGAAAGCUACACAAGUUCUCUACUUGCAUAUUGCCUUGAAGAAACAAAUAAUUGUUGACGAUUUCCAUGAAAAGCAAGAGCAGGUGAAAGAAUGGCUACAGAACCUCGGAAUAUUAGAUCAUGCAGCAGUUAUGCAUGAUGACGAUGAUUUUGAAGAUGACGUUCGCUUUCAUCGAGAUGGAAGUUCACGACAUCACAACAUUCCUUCUAGAGCUGCCUUUUCCAUCAUUACUCCAUCAAUUGGAAGGCAGCAGUCAAUGGCAGACAAUGCAAAAAUCGCAAUGCAAGGAUAUUUGAAUCAUUUUUUAGGCAGUUUAGAUAUUGUAAAUUCUCGUCAGGUGUGCAAAUUUUUGGAGGUCUCCAAGCUAUCAUUUUUACAAGAGUAUGGCCCAAAGCUAAAAGAGGAUUACGUGUUGGUGAAACAUCUAGUGAGAACACCGAGAAAAGAUGCUGCUAGAAAGUGCUGGCCUUGUCGGCUGUUUGGUUGCUGCAGAUGGCAAAAGGUCUGGGCUGUACUUAAACCAGGAUUUUUGGCCUUCCUAGAAGAUCCUCUUGAUGUGAAACUAAUGGACAUAAUCAUUUUUGAUUUUUUACCAUCCUCAAAUAGUGAAAAAGUAUAUCUGGCUCAUGAGACUAAGAGCCACAAACCGCUGCAGUAUGCAUUUAAGAUCUCUUGUGGCAACUGGAACCUAACCAUGAGAACUUCCAGCAGUAGCAAAGUGAAAGACUGGAUAGCAGCAAUUAAUGAUGCUGUUCAAAAGCCAUCCGAGGGUUGGUGCCAUCCUCAUCGUUUUGGUUCUUUUGCACCCCCAAGGAAAUGGGUGGAUGGAAGUGAGGCUCAAUGGUUCAUAGAUGGAGAAUCAGCAUUUGAUGCUAUUGCUGCAGCCAUAGAGAAUGCUAACACAGAGAUAUUUAUUACUGGCUGGUGGCUUUGUCCGGAGCUAUAUCUUAGGCGUCCAUUUACAAAUCAUAAGACCUCCCGACUCGAUAUCUUACUUGAAUCAAAGGCUAAGGAGGGAGUUCAUAUCUAUAUUCUUCUUUACAAGGAAGUUUCUAUAGCUUUAAAAAUUAACAGUAUUUAUAGUAAAAGAAGACUGCUUGACAUUCAUGAGAAUGUGAGAGUGUUGCGUUACCCUGAUCAUAUGUCAACUGGAAUUUAUUACUGGUCACACCACGAAAAGAUCGUUGUUGUUGAUAACCAAAUAUGCUUUAUUGGAGGCCUCGAUUUAUGUUUUGGCCGUUAUGACACAGUUGAUCACAAAGUGGGUGAUCUUCCUCCCCUAAACUGGCCGGGAAAAGACUAUUACAACCCCAGGGAAUCAGAACCGAAUUCUUGGGAAGACAUGAUGAAAGAUGAACUUGACCGGCAGAGAUAUCCUCGUAUGCCGUGGCAUGAUGUGCAAUGUGCUCUUUGGGGACCACCUUGUCGUGACAUUGCCAGGCAUUUUGUUCAGAGGUGGAACUAUGCUAAGAAAAGUAAAGCUCCACAUCAGCGAACAAUACCUCUACUCAUUCCUCGUCAUCACAUGGUCCUUCCUCACUAUGUAAGAAGUACAGAGAUAAAUGUCCCAAAUAAUGAGGAGAAACAACGGGGAAAUGUAAAAAAUGGGGAUCUAUAUACACCUGAAUCGCCAGAGCUGGAUGUUCCACUGCUUUUGCCUCAAGAUUCUGAAGCAUUAGACACAUCUAAAUGUAAUGAUACUCUUCAAAGUAAUCGGAGUAGUCUUGACAGGACAAGCAGAGACUAUGAGAGUUCAUCAAAUUUCCAGAAUGUUAAAGCUGAAUCUCUAGCCCAGCAUACACAGAUUCAUGAGAUAGUAGAUCAAGUUCAAUAUGACAACAUAUUUGAUCACAUUUUUCCCUCUUCUAAUCAGAAUUCAGUUGACUGGUGGGAAGCACAGGAGCAGGAUGAGGUUAAAUACACAAGUGAACCUUUACAAAUUGGUCCUCGCACCUUCUGUCAUUGCCAGAUUAUCAGAAGUGUCAGUCAGUGGUCUGCUGGAACAAGCCAAGAUGAAGAUAGUAUUCACAGAGCUUACUGUGCCCUCAUUGAGCAAGCAGAACACUUUAUCUAUAUUGAGAACCAAUUUUUCAUAUCAGGUCUUGAAGAAGAUGCCAUAAUUCGGAAUCGAGUCAUGGAGGCUCUACGUAGGCGUAUACUUCUAGCACACAAACAAAAAAAAUGUUUGAGAGUUAUAAUAGUCAUACCUCUGCUACCCGGCUUUCAGGGCAGAAUGGACGAUGCUGGUGCAGCAACUGUGAGAGCCCUAAUGCAUUGGCAAUAUCGAACCAUUUGCAGAGGGGAUGACUCAAUACUCUGCAAACUCAAGGAAGAACUUGGUUCACAGACUGAUGAUUACAUUUCAUUUUACGGCCUUAGGACUUAUGGCAGGCUUUAUGACGGUGGACCUUUGGUCACCAGCCAGGUAUAUGUCCACAGUAAGGUGAUGAUAAUUGAUGAUCGCAUUGCUUUGGUUGGAUCAUCCAACAUUAAUGAUAGGAGCUUGCUUGGAUCAAGAGACUCUGAGAUUGGAGUUGUUAUUGAGGAUAAAGAGUUCCUGGAGUCAUCUAUGAAUGGACAGUUAUGGAUGGCUGGGAAAUUUAGCUCAAGUCUCCGGCUUUCCCUAUGGGCUGAGCAUCUUGGUCUCUCUGCCGGAGAGAUAAAUCAGAUCAGAGAUCCUGUGGCUGACAGUACAUACAAAAGUUUAUGGAUGGAAACUGCCAAGGCAAAUACCAUAGUCUAUGAGACCGUCUUUGGAUGUACACCUAAUGAUCAAAUACACUCAAAGUACGCUCUCUUUUUUCUCUCCUCCCCGCCCCUCAAAAAAUUAUGGACUUGCAAUCUUAAGUAUAGCUUUCUAAAUGCCCCUAUUUGGUGUCAUAAUCCUCUGUAUAGGAAUGCAUUUAGACAGAAAAUGUCACAAUUGACAGAGAAUUUGGAGUACACAACCAUAGAUUUUGGCGUAGCGCCUCAAGUGGUGAAGUUCUAUGAAGAUGGCCUGCUUAGGACAUCAGACCCUUCUGAGAUGUUAAAAUCUGUCAAGGGACACAUAGUUUGCUUUCCCUUGGACUUCAUGAAGGACGAAGAUUUAAGACCGAUGUUCCAUGAAGGAGAGUUUUAUACAUCUCCUGAAGUAUUUCAUUAGAUUGUUCCCAUGCAUUUUCAUAUGAAGUGUUCAACAAUUCUGUGAUCGUGUAUGAAAUAUUAGGGAUGCAUAAUUAUGCAUGGUAGAAAAAUGAUUUUUAGCGCAUCAAUAAUCUUUGAAAAAUGCGUUUUGUAAAUAUUUAAUUACCAUUUAUUGUACUUUUUAGUCUUCUAGAUUAUUAGCUUACCAGCAAAUGUAGCAUAUAGAAGUAUGUAAUAUAAUGUACAUAACAAAUCAUAUUAAUGAUUGUUAAUUGUCUUGAAAUGUAAUUAUAAUAAACACAUUAUUUUUUAUCUCUUAUUUUAAUUUCUAUGUGAGUUUGCAG